AUGGCUUCAAAGACGCCCGUCUAUUUUGUUUCUCACGGGGGCCCCGAUACAAUGUUCAACACUUCCCAUCCAGUCUUCCCACAACUUCAAAGGAUCGGCAAAGAAAUCACCACGCAAGUGAAACCCGACGCCAUCGUCGUCUUCUCAGCACACUGGCAAGCGUCACGCCCGAACACGAUCGAAGUCAACGUCUCCGAGGACGAGCCUCUACUAUACGACUUCUAUGGCUUCCCUCGCCACUAUUACUCGGAGAAAUUCCCCAAUAAAGGCUCAGCCUCGCUGGCUCAAAAGGUCAUCGACACCCUCGACAAGAACGGAAUUAAGACAGAGAAAGUCGAGCGCGGACUCGACCACGGCGUCUUCGUGCCGUUCAAAGUCAUGUUCAACCCGGACACGAACCCGGUGUCUGUGCCGAUUGUGCAGGUUAGCUUGUUCGACGACCACCGAGAUGCAGCCGCGCAUAUCAAAUUGGGGAGAGCGGUACAGAAGCUUCGGGAGGAGAAUAUUUUGAUUGUUGCGUCUGGGAUGUCGGUGCAUAAUUUGCGGCAUUUGAUGAUGACCAUGGGCACAGGCAAGACGAUGCCGUAUGCGGUGAGCUUUGAUGCGGCGAUUAAGGAUGCGGUUGACACGAAGCCUGGAGAGGAGAGGGAUGAGAAUAUGGUCGAGUUACUUACGAGACCGGAUGCAAGACAGGCGCAUCCGACUUUUGAGCAUUUGUUGCCAAUCCAUAUCGCCGUGGGGGCUGCCGGUGAGGAUCAGGGAAAGCAGUUGUGGACCAUGACGGAGGCGAGUUUGGGGUGGGCGCAGUACAGGUUUGGGGAGGCGGCUGCUUGA